CACAUCAGCUGUGAGCUCCACGCUCCACAUCAGCUGUCAGCUCCACAUCAGCUGUGGGCUCCACAUCAGCUGUGAGCUCGGCGCGAGCCGUGAGCGCGCCACGCGUGCUCCACGUGCGCUCCACAUCAGCUGUUGAGCCACCACGUGACUCUGCGUCAGCCAACCGCGUCGCGCCUGCUCAAGGUCACGCCCGCGACGUGGACGCCACUUCGUUCCGGCGGAGACAUCGCGGCGCCUGCGCCUGGGCCUCCUCCUCCUCGUCCCCAGCCUGCGACCCGCAGUCAUCGCCAUCCACGCCGGGCCUUCCCGGUCUAUCGCUCUCGCCCUGCUCUAUCCCGUCCGUGCUGCGAAGGCGCUCCACGGCGGUCUCCGUCAAACGCCGAUCUGCGCCUCUGCCCGGGUCGACUCGCGGCUGCUUUAGAUCCUCCGAUCCUCCUCAUCAUCAUCACCGUCGUCUCGCGCAGUUUGCUCCGCGUUCUGCUCCGUUUCUCUCCCCCCUCCUCCUCUCUCCCAGCCAGCCAGCCAGCCCGCUCCCAUCUCUUGCCCUAGUCUCUCGAUUCUCUUGCCCUGGACUCCGCUCUCGUGUCUAGCCUCCGCUCUCGUCUCUCGUCUGACCAGCGCCUCGGCCGCGUGUGUCCGUGUCGUUCGUCCUCGCCGUCAUGGUACGAGGCCGUGGGCCGGGGCCCUCGGGUGCAUGAGACUCUGCUUGCUUCUACUGCUGCUUGUUCUCCUCUAACGGGCGGUGGUGGUGGUGGCUCUUUCAUCAAGCGCAGCCCUGAGGAGUUUAACCUCACAGCUGUGAAGCGUAAACGCCAUCUGGCUGUCGCUAGUUGUUGUUGUUGAGUUUGCCGUUUGUGGCUGAUUGUGUUUUUUUUGUUCCCUUACACACAGCGCCGUGUGGUUUACGUUUAACACUUAACGCACGGUUGACACGCGCGUGAUUGAUGGCUGAGCAUCGCGAAAUAAAAAAAAAGAAUUAACACCCAACAAACAUCCUGUUGUUGCUGUCAAUGCUUGUGACAGGUGAAUUCGUGCCCGAGUUCGCAUGGGGUGUGUGUGUGUGGGUUGUUGUAUCUAUGAGCGAGCCGUGAUUGUCCCUGGGAUUUAAUUCACCUUGUCGCAUGCGAAUUUCGCGAACGCUGGCAACUUUGCACACGCGACUUUACCAUAUCCGCUGGCAACUUUGCACUCCACGUUCAGAUGAUAAUCGUUGCGACGGUGAUGACUUUGGAUCGCAUAAAGUCACCGUCGUUUGCGUUACAGAAAGUAGGUGGCUGACCUUUACAGAGUGUGCUAAGAGCUCCGGUAUUCCCACAUGGCUGCUUCUGGUGUCCUUCCAAAUGCAAAACUACUCGAAUUGGCCGUUCGUCCGAAGUUCGGGUCCGUAUGUAGUCAUGAUCAUGAAGAGUGAGGCUUUUGUGUGGCAAAGGCUUGAAAACUAUUUUGUAUAUACUGAGAUGUCCAGGACAUUAAGCUCACGCGAAGCAGGUAUGAGAUCUUGGCAGAGGCUAGAAAGCUUACUGAGCCUACUCGUUUAAAUGUAAGUAUUUGCAGACAAUAAAAUGUGUGUUUUUCGUGGGUCUUGCUUUGUCUUAAGACCGUUAUAUUCCUAUAACACCACACAUAAGCUGUUAUUUUCGCGGAAGUCAUGUUCACUGACAAGAAAUCCUCCGAUCUCAUUCCAGAAUAUCACGCAGAUGUUACGCGUGACCAUUGAAUUUUUUUUUACGUUGAAUGAAGACGAUCAAAUUUUAAACAUAAGUCCACGUGACUUUAGAGAUCGUUGCAAAAAAGUUGCACUGUUCGUCAAGUGUCUUGAAGCUUGCAUGUUAAUGCCAAUGCGCAUGUUGUGUUAUGUAAUGCAUUGUGUAGAAUGUAAUAGCAUAAGUAGUGUAAUGUUUGCAAUAAAAAAUUGUAACAGUCUGUUAAAUUGGAGAUAAAGCCAACAUUGUACCUUUUUACAUCUGUCAGUGGGUUUUGAGGUAAAUGACUUACAGAGUAUGGCAUGGGAGCAUGGCCCCUCACCUCUCAUGGUGGUGACUACGCAUGUUAUGCAGUGCCCUGUGGAUUUCUGGUGAGUGUCGGAUCACAGCAUCUAUGUGAUGGUCAGGACAUCAGGGUUCAUCAUUUUGAUACCACUGCAAAUGUGUCCACAUGCCAUUAAAACCACCCAUGUUCGAAUUGUAUUGCAAGUGUGGCGUUCAAAUGAAAGUAUAAUUGGACACAGUAUUUUCUAUCGGAAUGUGGGACAUUAAACAAUGAGCGGAUUAACACCAACAUUGAACAAAUGUACGCCUGAUUGUCUUCAAGUUUUAAAAAAUAUAUCAACUGUUUCUUUAUAAAGGACACUAUACUUUGGCCAAUGAGCACAGGCUGUAAAGCUCACGAAUUUGAAGGUUAUUUUUAUGAAAAGGGAAAAAAUAAGUCCUGACUGAUAAAAAAAACAAUACACGAGAAAUCAGGAAGCCAGAGGAGAAAUUAUACCCUUUCAUGCUAAGAGGUAAUUAUGUACAUGGAACGUCUAAAAUACCGCGGGCACAACUUGUGACCAGAGGGUAACGAGGCAAUCCUGUGCUAAUUAACUUUUAAACAGUGAAUUAGUACGUGUCUACCUAGCGGUCUGAGUUCAAUACACUACAUACUUAAAGCGCAUGCCAUGCUGCAAUGCCCACAACAGAUUUUUUUGUUCACAAAUCUGAUUGCAAGAUAUAACAAAAUAUAUAAAAUAAGUGGGUUCACGUUUCCACACUGUAACGAUACAAAGUUGUCAAUUUGAAGUCAAUAACGCGUGUACUAUCCAGUUCCUGUGUUAUCGUCUUUUAAUUGUGCAGGUGCAAAUUACAAAACGGGCUGAUCCUGCGGAGUUAAAGGAUGUGUUUUUAAAGUUUGCAAGCCAGAAUAGGAAUGGGGAAUAUUACAUGAGCCCAGCUGACUUUGUGCAGAGAUUUCUGAGCAUGAGCACAGAGGCAACUGCCAAUCCUUCUUGGAUCAAGUUUUUGGCUGGUGUAGCAGACCAUAACAAGGAUGGGUUGAUCUCCUUCCAAGAAUUUGUGGCAUUUGAGUCGGUGCUUUGUGCACCAGACGCAAUGUUCAUUGUAGCCUUCCAGUUGUUCGAUAGGUCUGGACAUGGACAAGUUACAUUUGAAAAUGUCAAGGAAAUCUUUAGCCAGACCACCAUCCACCAGCAUAUCCCAUUUAAUUGGGAAUGUGAAUUUAUCCAGCUGCACUUUGGCAGCAGCCAUAAGAAAAGUAUGAAUUAUGAUGAGUUCACACAAUUUUUACAGGAGUUGCAGCUGGAGCAUGCACGCCAGGCCUUUUCUGUCAAGGACACCGACAAAUCAGGCACCAUCGCUGCUCUGGACUUCCGGGAUAUCAUGGUCACCAUUCGGCCACACAUGCUCACAUCCUUCGUGGAGGAAAACCUCGUUGCUGCUGUUGGAGGCUUAAAAGCUCACAGAGUGAGCUUUGCUUUCUUCAACGCCUUCAAUUCCCUACUCAACAACAUGGAGCUGGUUCAGAAGAUAUACAGCACAUUGGCAGGCUCUCGCAUUGACGUGGAAGUUACAAAAGAGGAGUUCAUGCUUGCAGCACAGCGGUUUGGGCAGAUUACACCGAUUGAAGUGGACAUUUUGUUCCAUCUUGCUGAUUUGCAUGAGCGCAGAGGGCGAUUGUCUCUGAUCGAUAUUGAACGGAUUGCCCCUCUCGAGGAGGGAGCGCUGCCCUACCACCUUGCUGAGAAACAACGGCAGCAACUUGGUGGGGACUUGAGCCGACCCAUUCUUUUGCAAGUCGGAGAAUCGGCCUACAGGUUCAUGCUGGGCGCUGUUGCAGGAGCACUGGGUGCCACUGCAGUGUACCCCAUCGACCUGGUAAAGACGCGCAUGCAAAACCAACGCUCGUCGCUCAUCGGUGAGCUGAUGUACAAAAACAGCUUCGACUGCUUCAAGAAGGUGGUGCGCUACGAGGGGAUAAUCGGUCUCUACAGGGGACUUCUCCCUCAGCUUAUCGGUGUGGCUCCAGAAAAAGCCAUAAAACUCACUGUAAAUGACUUAGUACGUGACAAGUUCACCAAGCGUGAUGGAUCCAUUCACGGAUUUGCAGAAAUAUUAUCUGGAGCAUGUGCUGGGGGCUCUCAGGUCAUAUUCACCAAUCCCCUGGAGAUUGUCAAGAUCCGACUACAGGUGGCAGGAGAGAUCACCACUGGUCCCCGAGUCAGCGCGCUCACUGUGAUGCGAGACCUCGGAUUCCUAGGCCUCUAUAAGGGUGCCAAAGCCUGCUUCUUACGAGACAUCCCAUUCUCAGCCAUCUACUUCCCCACUUAUGCACACACCAAAAAGAUGCUGGCUGACAAGGACGGGCGAGUUGGUCCUCUCCAGCUCCUUACUGCCGGAGCCAUUGCAGGAAUGCCAGCGGCAUCCCUAGUCACUCCAGCCGAUGUGAUCAAGACACGGCUACAAGUGGCGGCACGGGCUGGACAGACAACCUACAAUGGCGUCUUCGACUGCUUCCGUAAGAUCUUGCACGAGGAGGGCUGGCGCGCAUUAUGGAAGGGAGCUGGAGCACGUGUGUUUCGAUCAUCACCUCAAUUUGGUGUAACCCUCGUUUCAUAUGAGCUGCUGCAGAGAUGGUUGUACGUUGACUUUGGAGGAAUCAAGCCAGUGGGCUCUGAACCCACACCCAAGUCACGGAUUUCGAACCUUCCUCCACCUGAUCCAAAUCACAUUGGCGGAUAUCGGUUGGCUAACGUCACCUUCGCUGGCAUUGAAAGCAAGUUUGGCCUCUACCUGCCCAAGUUUCAAGCAAACACCCCAACGCUGUCUGCUGCUCAUACACUUAAGCAGUAGAUCUUUUUCAGGUAUGAAAUACAGUAAUACAAUGGUGCCACAUUUUCAAUUAUUGCGAAUUGCUUUCAGAUGUAUAGUUCUCGCAGUGCUGGUUCACACUCGGCUAAUUCGUACAAUACGUAACUACGUAGCGAGAACGAUUUUUGUUUAAACUGCAUUUUUGUUUGUGGGGGUGGGGGGGGGGAAAUCAGAAUGCCCACAAGAAAAAUCCACGCAUAGGUGACCAAAAUUCAAAGUCUGCAAAGAUAAGUUGGAAUCCUACUUGCUGUAUCGCCUCUUACAGGCAACUCAGUGUCCUUGCUUUGGGCACGCCAUACAAAUGAUCUCGGUACAAUCCACCAACACAGUGUGGGUUGGUGGAUUACGACCACACGUAUCACCACACUCGUCUUAACAUACAGAGGGAUAGGGCCACGUGUUUCGUUGGGAUGUGACUUGACCGUGCUGGGUAGGGGUUUUGGUUUGGUUCAGGUUCCAACACAUCUUCAACUGUAUACAGCCGGUUGUUUAAUGUUGAUUAUAAAAACGUAUUUAAUUGCUAUAUGUGAUAAGUCCUCAUAGCUCUUAACAUGCAGAGCCUAAUAUGCAUUUCGAAAUGGUGGUAUUGUUCAUGGUGUUGUAUUGAUCUUAACAUCUUAAAGAUGAAUAUAUAUAGAAUAAUGCAGCAGUAGAACUCCAAAAAUCCUCGAUGAAAACUCACAUAUUUUAUGAUUGUCUCCCCCGUGAAUUACAGGAGUUCCUGUGAACUGCAGAGGCGCUGUGAUGUUUAGGUUUUGUGGUUAAUUGGAAGACACAUUUUUGGAGUUCUACUGGAACUCAAUCCAUCAUUCUCUUAAUGUGAUAACUAUAUUAUCUAUAGUAUCCAGAGAAUGUUCAAAUAAUUUUGGCAUUAAAAAUACCGAAUUGCAACUGUGCUUUGUGGUAUUACAACCACGCAGAGGGAUGUGUUGUUCACGAUCCCCUUGUUGCCUGCUACUGUUUAGCAACUCUAGAGUGCUGUCCGUGCUGCAUCACAGGUAGCAUGCAGUUAAAAUAAACAAAGGAAACAACAACAACAACAAUGAAAACUCCAUAUUCACAAAUAACACUGCGGCAUUAAAAGGAAAAAAAAUAGGCGACGUUUUGGGCAAUGGCCCUUCUUCAUUGCAUAUAAACGAAAGGCAACAAACAGGUAUGUUGGGCUAGUGUGGAAUAUGGCUCUUAUAGAUUUUGUGGGAGCUUCGUAAAUGUUCUAUCAACAAAUUACCUGUGACCAUAUCUCAAUAUAACAUUGUGAAAGAGUUCCGCCGCAUUUAAAAUUACUUUUUAUUCCAGAACUUCAUGUAGGAACUAUUUAACGAAAGCUUGGAAGUACAUUUAUGAAUACGAGUGCGCGAUACAUUACUCAUGUAUGUGGAACUUAAUAAUAGGGAGGUCUAAUGAUGUAGAUGCUCACCCCGAGCCCUCAUUACUUUGAUAGUGCAUUGUCUUUGAGCUGUACGCCUUUUGGCGUCAUCUGGUCG